AUGAUGGGGUGCUGGAUUUUGCACGAGGGUCUCACCAUCAUAUUAGUACUCUCAUGGCUGGGAGUGAAUUUAUAUCUGUUUAUUGACACAUUCUGUUGGUAUGAAGAGGAGGAGUCUUUCCAUUAUACACGAGCUAUUUUGGGUUCAACACUGGCUUGGGCCCGAGCAUCUGCAUUGUGCCUGAAUUUUAACUGCAUGCUAAUUCUACUACCUAUCAGUCGAAACCUUAUUUCAUUCGUUAGAGGAACAAGCAUCUGCUGCAGAGGACCAUGGAGGAGGCAAUUAGACAAAAACCUCAAAUUUCACAAACUGGUUGCCUAUGGGAUAGCUGUUAAUGCGACCAUCCACAUCGUGGCACAUUUGUUCAACCUGGAGCGCUACCACUUGAGCCAGAGAGAGGAAGCGGAGGGACUUCUGGCUGCACUUUCCAAACUUGGCAACACCCCAAAUGAGACCUACCUCAACCCCAUCCGGACCUUCCACACAGUGAGUUCUUGCAUGCUAAGUAGUUUCUCAUCUGAAAAGUCAGAAUUCUGGCCUUUUAGCAGCGUCCAGAUAAGAAUAGCUGUACCUUUAUUGAUCACCCAGGCUUUACCAAGCCUUAUUCGAAGUCCCCAGGGACGGCGUGAAGAACACGUCUUCACGUUGAUGAAACCCUUCCUCCUCAAUACCUGCAAGAAUGUGGCCGGUCACGUUGCAAAGGCGCUGCUUGGUCACCAGCAGCUCUUCCUCUGCUUCCUACACCAGCAGAACCCCCUUUUCCGCUCCUCGUUCUCCCAACACUGUGGCUGCUCAGCGCCGGGGUCCGUACCCCAGGCGAGGCCUCUGUUUCCACACAGCCUGGAAGAGCAAGCACACAACCCGGAAGAGCACGCGCACAGCCCGGAAGAGCAAGCGCACAGCCCGGAAGAGCACGCGCACAGCCCGGAAGAGCACGCGCACAGCCCGGAAGAGCACGCGCAUAGCGGCAGAGCGGCCUAUCCCAGGGAGUCGCGCUCAGCCUUCGUGAUUCUGGGUCCCACUCGAAUUGUGCGAGGCCAAACCCCAGAGAGUCUCUCGCUGCACAAUGUUACGUUCUGCAGAGACCGCUAUGCCGAAUGGCAGCCAGCCGCCCAGUGCCCCGUGCCUCAAUUUUCUGGCAAGGAACCCUCGGCUUGGAAAUGGGUUUUAGGCCCUGUGGUCUUGUAUGCAUGUGAAAGAAUAAUUAGGUUCUGGCGAUUUCAACAAGAAGUUGUCAUUACCAAGGUGGUGAGCCACCCCUCUGGAGUCCUGGAACUUCACAUGAAAAAGCGUGGCUUUAAAAUGGCGCCAGGGCAGUACAUCUUGGUGCAGUGCCCGGCCAUAUCCUCGCUGGAGUGGCACCCCUUCACCCUCACCUCCGCCCCGCAGGAGGACUUCUUCAGUGUGCACGUCCGGGCAGCAGGAGACUGGACGAGAGCUCUACUUAAGGCCUUUGGGGCAGACGGACAGGCCCCCAAGGAGCCCUGGAGCCUGCCAAGGCUGGCGGUGGACGGGCCCUUCGGAGCCACUCUGACAGAUGUGUUUCACUAUCCGGUGAGCGUGUGCAUUGCUGCAGGAAUUGGAGUCACUCCCUUCGCCGCUCUUCUGAAAUCUAUAUGGUACCAAUGCUGUGAUUCACAGACCCAGCUGAAGCUGAGUAAGGUGUAUUUCUACUGGAUUUGCCGGGAUGCGAGCGCUUUUGAGUGGUUUGCCGAUCUCUUACUGUCGCUGGAAACACGGAUGAGUGAGCAAGGGAAAACUCACUUUCUGAGUUAUCACAUAUUUCUCACUGGCUGGGAUGAAAAUCAGGCCAUUCACAUAGCUUUACAUUGGGAUGAAAACACUGAUGUGAUCACAGGCUUAAAGCAGAAAACCUUCUAUGGGAGACCUCACUGGAACAACGAGUUCAAGCGGAUCGCCUACAACCACCCCGGCAGCAGCAUUGGCGUGUUCUUCUGUGGACCCAAAGCGCUCUCCAAGACACUUCAAAGGAUGUGCCACUUAUAUUCGUCAGCUGACCCCAGGGGUGUUCAUUUCUAUUACAACAAGGAAAGCUUCUAG